AUGGUUAAAAUAAAAUUUUUUAGAUGGUUUUUAAAGAAAAGAAAUAAAAGAGGAAACAAAAAAAUUUCCAAAAGAAUUAGAAAACAAUUAAAAAACCAACAAAAACAACAAAAGUUACAAAUAUUAAGACAAAAACGAUUAUUAAAACAACUAAAUCUAAACAGAAAUCCAUCAUACAACGCCAAAUAUGACAUAUUUCCUUCAAAUUACCCAAAUGAUUCAAAUCCUUCCAAUAUCAACAGCUCUAUUAACAACAAUAAUAAUUCAAACCAUAAUCAACAUAAUCAAUAUGAACAAAGUAGGUUGAUACAACAACACGAACCAAAUAAUCAACAUUUAUAUUAUUUAAUUGGACCAAACAAUAAUAAUGUAAAUCAUACUAGCAAUCAUUAUAAUAAUAAUAAUUCGAGAAGCAUCAAUAAUAAUGGUUUUGACAACGAUUUUGAAAAUAAUCACAAUUCCGAAAAUAAUUAUGAUCGCAAUUUUGAAAACAAUUAUGAUCGCAAACCACAAAAUACAUCAAUGCAGUUUCUAUCAACAAAAAAUCCCCCAAAAAAAUAUAACCCGUCAAGAACCAACAGUAUACUUGGUAUUCAAUCCUUUCAUAAAUCAAAUAACUAUUCUCAAAAAUAUCAAGAUCUAAAGAAGGACAAUUAUAAUCAUAAUAACGAAAAAGAACAAUUACCAUUAAAAAGUAAUAAUUCUUCAACAGUCUCCUUACACAACAGAGUGUCAAGAACUUUAUCAUACCUAGCAAAAUUCAAGGAUAUAAGUAUUAGAAAAUCUCGUGACUCGAAAAUCUUUUCCUCGUUAUCAUUAUCAUCAAAAAAACAAACUACUUGUCACACUUGUCAGCGAACGCUAGCGAUUUGGUUGGAUGGCCCACGUGAAAAAUUUGAUAAAAAGUCAAAAACUUUUGUUCGUUGUGGUGAAUGGCGAAUUGUAUUAAAAAGUAUUGACAAUUCUAAAAAUAUAAAUUCAAAAUUCUUUGAUGAGCUCUCGAUACACUUACAAAGUGAAAAUAAUAGUGGAAAUUACAUUACAAGGUAUUAUGGACUAACUCAAGAUCCAAAAACAAAUAACUACAUGGUUGUUGUUCAGUACGCAAGAAAUGGAGACCUAGGCAAAUACUUGAGCAAAAAUAUAUCAAAAAAAAUCACUUGGCAGAAAAAAUUAGACAUCCUAUUCGCGAUCGCCACGGGACUUACACGUAUUCACAGCAAAAACCAAAAUCAAACCCGAUGGCAAUGA